AUGGCGACCGAACUCACAGUCCAGAGCGAGCGCGCUUUCCAGAAGCAGCCGCACAUCUUCCUCAACACCAAGAACAAGAAGAAGAACAACCGCGUUGGAAAGGGUGGCCGACGAUGGUACAAGGACGUUGGACUGGGCUUUAGGACCCCCAAGACCGCCAUUGAGGGAUCGUACAUUGACAAGAAGUGCCCUUUCACCGGUCUCGUCUCUAUCCGUGGCCGUAUCCUCACUGGAACCGUUGUCUCCACCAAGAUGCAUCGCACCCUCGUCAUACGCCGGGAAUAUCUCCAUUUCAUCCCCAAAUAUGCCCGUUACGAGAAGAGGCAUAAGAACCUUGCUGCGCACGUAUCGCCAGCUUUCCGUGUGGUGCCCGGUGACCAAGUUACCGUUGGCCAGUGCCGACCCCUCAGCAAGACUGUCCGCUUCAACGUUCUCCGAGUGCUGCCCCGAACUGGCAAGGCCGAGGUCAAGCAGUUCAGCAAGUUUUGAGCUGGUUCUUUUGGUGUUGAAAGGGCAUGGAUCUGGAGGGUUCGACAGUGAGAAAAGGGAUCAAUGUUGAAUUACGGGCAUCGGGUCACUGGGCGGUCGCUGGGGAUAUGCGAGCACCAUCCGGGACUAUCUCAUUUGGCAGCGAUUUCACCUUCCUGCCUCUAGCAGUUAGAGAAAUGAUAACGAAGUCAGCUUGCUGCUAAACUUUCAUCUAGUAUUUUCUUGUGACUUGGGUUUAUAAUAAGCUUGAUCGCACUUCAACAUCGAACUGACCACCAAUUGGACGGGCUCUUCAACUGCAAGCAAAUCAAAUGUUUUGGAGGACCUGAAAAGGCUCUCGAAACGCCUACAG